AUGACCUGUGGAUCAGGAUUCUGCGGCCGCGCUUUCAGCUGCGCCUCAGCCUGCGGGCCCCGGCCCGGCCGCUGCUGCAUCACCGCCGCCCCCUACCGCGGUAUCUCCUGCUACCGUGGCCUUCCUGCGAACUUUUUGCGCGGCCGACACUCCAUCUGCGGUGGCUUCCGCGCUGGCUCCUGUGGACGCAGCUUCGGCUACCGCUCCGGCGGUGUGUGCGGGCCCAGCCCCCCCUGCAUCACCACCGUGUCCGUCAACGAGAGCCUCCUGGCGCCCCUCAACCUGGAGAUCGACCCCAGCGCCCAGUGCGUGAAGCAUGAGGAGAAGGAGCAGAUUAAGUGCCUCAACAGCAAGUUCGCGGCCUUCAUCGACAAGGUGCGCUUCCUGGAGCAGCAGAACAAGCUGCUGGAGACCAAGUGGCAGUUCUACCAGAACCGCAAGUGCUGCGAGAGCAACCUGGAGCCGCUGUUCAUGGGCUACAUCGAGACGCUGAGGCGGGAGGCUGAGUGCAUGGAAGCCGACAGCAGGAGGUGUGGCCACGCUGCCCGGGGCAUAGGCUAUAUUCAGGAGGUCCGGGAGGAACACCGUCUCAGGUACGAGGAGGAGGUGACUCUAAGGGCAGCAGCUGAGAAUGAGUUUGUGGCUCUGAAGAAGGACGUGGACUGCGCCUACCUGCGCAAGUCAGACCUGGAGGCCAACGCCGAGGCCCUGACCCAGGAGAUCGACUUCCUGAGGAGACUGUACGAGGAGGAGAUUCGCGUUCUCCAGUCCCACAUCUCAGACACCUCAGUCGUGGUCAAGAUGGACAACAGCCGCGACCUCAACAUGGACUGCGUCAUUGCCGAGAUCAAGGCCCAGUACGACGACAUUGCCACCCGCAGUCGGGCCGAGGCCGAGUCCUGGUACCGCAGCAAGGUGAGCGCCUAGGACGCCUGCCUCCCGGACAUCAACGAGCGGAACCGCAUGAUCCAGAGGCUGACGGCCGAGGUGGAGAACGCCAAGUGCCAGAACUCCAAGCUGGAGGCCGCGGUUACCCAGUCUGAGCAGCAGGGCGAGGCAGCCCUCACUGACGCCCGCUGCAAGCUGGCCAGUCUGGAGGAGGCCCUGCAGAAGGCCAAGCAGGACAUGGCCUGCCUGCUCAAGGAGUACCAGGAGGUGAUGAACUCCAAGCUGGGCCUGGACAUCGAGAUCGCCACCUACAGGCGCCUGCUGGAGGGCGAGGAGCAGAGACUGUGUGAAGGUGUUGGGGCUGUGAAUGUCUGUGUGAGCAGCUCCCGAGGCGGGGUCGUGUGCGGUGAUCUCUGCACCUCCGGCUCGCGGCCCGUGACCGGCAGCGCCUGCAGCGCCCCCUGCAGCGGGAACCUGGCAGUGAGCACUGGCAUGUGCGCACCCUGCGGUUCUGUCACUUCGUGCGGCCUGGGCACAGCUGGUGUGGGCUCCUGUGGCAUCAGCUCCUUUGGCGUGGGAUCCUGCCAUCUCAGCCGGCCCAUCCCUGGCUCCCAGAACAAGAGUUCAGCUACUUCUACGCUUCGAAGGAUCCCUCCCACUUCCAGCCUCUUCUUCUGCGUGAUCCCCUCCUCCUUGACUCUGCUGCCCCGCACAGGGAAAGGUUGCCCCCAAAAGAGACUGUGUGAAGGUGUUGGGGCUGUGAAUGUCUGUGAGUACUUGGGGCCCAGUGAAUCGAUUUACCCUGACCCGGUGAAGGAGGGCAGACAUCUCAGCCGGCCCAUCCCUGGCUCCCAGAACAAGAGUUCAGCUACUUCUACGCUUCGAAGGAUCCCUCCCACUUCCAGCCUCUUCUUCUGCGUGAUCCCCUCCUCCUUGACUCUGCUGCCCCGCACAGGGAAAGCUCCAGGUUGGGCAGAGGGAGGUCAGCCAGCAGACUUUGUAGAGCCUUCUGUAAAGGUCCUCAACAUCCUUCCAAAGAACUCAACGCCAAUAAAGAGCUCUACUGCGGAGUCCCGGCAGAGGACUGCCGGGGUUCCGCCCCCGAUGUGCGGCGCACCGCCGGCUGAGCUGACUAGGCAUUCCAGGCCCCAUAAAGCGCGGGCGGGAGGUGAACGCCGUUUUAUGGGGGGUGGCGGGGCGACCGGGCCCGCUUUGAUUCCCGGCUCCACGAGGCGCGAGGCCGAGCCCUCCAAGCUCGUAAACGCCUGGGCCGUGAGCUCCCUCCUCGGGCCCCGGGGCCGCCAUAUAAGGCUCAGCUCAGGCAUCGCGAUCCAGUCGCUCGCCACUGCCCACGCCGCCAACUAUGACCUGUUUCUCCUCCCGUGCAUUCAGCUGCGCCUCGGCCUGCGGGCCCCGGCCCGCCCCCCCUGCAUCACCACCGUGUCCGUCAACGAGAGCCUCCUGGCGCCCCUCAACCUGGAGAUCGACCCCAACGCGCAGUGCGUGAAGCAUGAGGAGAAGGAGCAGAUCAAGUGCCUCAACAGCAAGUUCGCGGCCUUCAUCGACAAGGUGCGCUUCCUGGAGCAGCAGAACAAGCUGCUGGAGACCAAGUGGCAGUUCUACCAGAACCGCAAGUGCUGCGAGAGCAACCUGGAGCCACUGUUUGAGGGCUACAUCGAGACGCUGAGGCGGGAGGCCGAGUGUGUGGAGGCCGACAGUGGGAGGCUGGCCUCAGAGCUCAACCACGUGCAGGAGGUGCUGGAGGGCUACAAGAAGAAAUAUGAAGAGGAGGUAGCACUAAGAGCCACUGCAGAGAAUGAAUUUGUGGCCCUAAAGAAGGACGUGGACUGCGCCUACCUGCGCAAGUCAGACCUGGAGGCCAACGCCGAGGCCCUGACCCAGGAGAUCGACUUCCUGAGGAGACUGUACGAGGAGAACCGCAUGAUCCAGAGGCUGACGGCCGAGGUGGAGAACGCCAAGUGCCAGAACUCCAAGCUGGAGGCCGCGGUGACCCAGUCUGAGCAGCAGGGCGAGGCAGCCCUCACUGAUGCCCGCUGCAAGCUGGCCAGUCUGGAGGAGGCCCUGCAGAAGGCCAAGCAGGACAUGGCCUGCCUGCUCAAGGAGUACCAGGAGGUGAUGAACUCCAAGCUGGGCCUGGACAUCGAGAUCGCCACCUACAGGCGCCUGCUGGAGGGCGAGGAGCAGAGGCUGUGUGAGGGCGUUGGUGCUGUGAAUGUCUGUGUGAGCAGCUCCCGGGGCGGGGUCGUGUGCGGAGACCUCUGCGUGUCGGGCUCCCGGCCUGUGACCGGCAGCGUCUGCAGCGCCCCCUGCAGCGGGAACUUGGCAGUGACCACUGGCAUGUGCGCGCCCUGCGGCCAGAGCUGCGGAAGUGGCCGCUCUGUGCGGUUCGCGUAGAGCCCCCAACUUUGCAAGACGCUGCUCCGAGCCCACUGCCCCUGCCUCCCACCUUGGUUCCGGAGCUCCGAAGGCCCCUGGAGCUUGCGCCCCUCCCCACUUGUCUCUUCAUUUCUUCUCCUGAGGGCUCCUGUACAGGUCUGGCAGCUCUCCCCCACCCCCAGGUGUCUAAAUGAAAGGCUUCCUACCAGCCCGGGGCAGAGACCCAAUCCCAACUCGGGCUGCUCUGGAACUUGGAUGUCUGUGGCUUCUGAGGGGUAGACUGGUCCCAGGGCCCCUGGGGUGUGGACGUGCUGUGAGCUGUGCCUCCCGGGCUUUUCAAACCGCCCCCAUGGGGCAAGGAUCUGUGGCUGCCUGGGCUCCCUCUCCCCUUCCUGGGUGCUUGGUCUCCACGUUUCCAAUAAAGCUCAAUAUGU